UACACACACACUCUUUCCCUCUCUCUCUUCCUCUCUCUCUCAUUUUCUCUCACAAACACUCACUUGCGCUCUCAAACACAUUUCUUGGUGGUCUGUCUAAAAAUCGACAGCGGGUUUUGACUCUGCACUAGGAUGCCUGCGGUUGCUGGACGCUGUCUGCAGUAAGCACGUUUAGGUUAUGCCGUCCAAAAGUCCGAAGUUGAGUCAGAAAGAAAGUGAAAAGGGCUAAGGACUCGGUCCCCCCGGAGCCAUGAGUCACCCUAAGGACAACGCCAACAACACCUCAAACCUGGUCCUUCCUCGGCGUCAUGACGACGAUGACGAGGAAGAGCGGGACUUGAACAAGACCCUGGGGGUGCAGCGUUUCCAGCAGAUCCUCCACCCCCCGUCCCGCGGACCCCCGGAGAAGCACCGUGCCUACAACGAAGACGACUUUGAAUACCACCGCCACUCCUCACACCACAUCCACCACCCACUGUCCAAGCUUCCUGCCGAGGGGAGGAAGAAGAAGAGCAACAAGAAGAAGAAGGGAGCGGGACGACGAAAAGGGUCCGCGGCCGGAGGAGCUCCCACCAUAGAGGAGGAUGAGGAGGAGGAGGAGGAGGAGUCCCACAGCCAGAACGAUGGAGAGGGCCUCUACGCUACCACUCCCACACCUGACACGGACACCGACACACACAACGAGGAGGUGCAGUUCUUUGUGUCUGAGGACGAGUCUGGCGGUGGCACCCUGCCCAGACACCUCACCAUCGUACCGGUGACGGCCCUGGGCACCAACCUGCCAGAGGACGCCACAACUACCGAUGAGCCAGUGGACUUGGUGCUGGCGGCUCACAGAGGAAGGAAUGGCCUAUCCUCCGGCCCUCCCCGGGAGUCGCCCAGCCCGCCUGUAAGGGGCUCCACACCUCCGUCCUCCUCCUUCAAAACACCGCCCCCUGCUGGCGGUCGCAGCUACAAUCUGCAGGAGCGCCGGUGCUCCGGCAACAUGACGGCCAGCCAGCGCCACCAGCGCCAGGCCACCGACGAGAGCGAGGCUCAGAUGCUGGGGUGUGCUGACCUGGACGGCAUCAAGAGCCACAGGUUUGAGGAUGUGCCCGCGGUGCGCCGUCACCUGGUCAGAAAGAGCAACAAGGGACAGGUGGUGCACAUCAGCAAGGACCACAAGGAGCUGAGUGCCCGCAGCCGCAAGUUGGACCGGACCCCCCAUGAGUACCGAUCCACCUCGUGCCCAGGCAGAAUGGUCCGCUUGGAGCUCGUGGGCUGUUUGGCACGGCACCAGAAGGUGUUUGUGGAGCUAAACGAGCUGGUGAUGGACAAGAACCAGGAGCUCCAGUGGCGCGAGACGGCGCGCUGGAUCAAGUUUGAGGAGGACGUUGAGGAGGAGACGGAUCGCUGGGGCAAACCGCACGUGGCCUCGCUCUCCUUCCGUAGUCUCCUGGAGCUCCGCAAGACCAUCUCCCACGGUGCGGUGCUGCUGGAUCUGAAUCAGAAGACCCUGCCCGGCAUCGCCCACCAGGUAGUGGAGCAGAUGAUCAUCUCCGACCAGAUCAAAGCAGAGGACCGGUCCAGUGUCCUCAGGGCCCUGCUGCUCAAACACAGUCACCCGAGCGACGAGAAGGAGCACAGCGCUUUCACGCGGAACAUCUCCGCGGCAAGCCUGGCCUCCCUGAUGGGGAACCACCAUGGCAACAGUAACCACACAGGCCCGGGAGAGCCCUCUGUGACCGACCCCCUGAUGGGGGGAGACGGGGUCGCCGCCGCCACCCACACCGACGCCAGCGUCGACCUGGAGAAAAGCGAGAAAGACACUCCUCCCAUGUUGGGCAUGCACAGGUCCAAGUCCAAGCAUGAGCUCAAGUUGCUGGAGAAAAUUCCGGAAAAUGCAGAGGCCACUGUUGUCCUCGUAGGCGCUGUGUCCUUCUUGGAGCAGCCGUCCAUGGCGUUUGUGCGUCUGCAGGAAGCGGUCUUGCUGGAGUCGGUGCUGGAGGUGCCCGUCCCCGUGCGUUUCCUCUUCCUGCUCAUGGGCCCACCCAUUGCCAACGUCGACUACCACCAGAUUGGCCGCUCCAUCUCCACACUGAUGUCCGACAAGCACUUCCACGAGGCGGCGUACCUGGCUGACGAGCGGCAGGACCUGCUGAAUGCUAUCAACAGCUUCCUGGACUGCAGCAUCGUGCUCCCGCCGUCUGAGGUGGGCGGCGAGGAGCUGCUGCGAUCCGUCGCCCGCUUUCAGAAGGAGAUGCUCCUCAAGAGGGAGGAACGGCAGGGUCAGAAGCUCAAGGUCAAGGAGCCCAAGAGCCCAAAGGACAAAGCCCUGCAGGAGCCAUUUAAACCCAGUGACGACCCUCUGCGCCGUUCAGGCCGCCUGUUUGGGGGACUGAUCCGCGAUGUUGCUGGGCGAUACCCCAAAUAUGUCAGCGACUUCAGGGACGCACUGAACCCCCAGUGCAUGGCCGCCGUCAUCUUCAUCUACUUCGCUUCCCUAUCGCCCGCCGUCACCUUCGGGGGACUUCUAGGUGAGAAAACCGGGGGGUUGAUUGGUGUGUCCGAGCUGAUUAUUGCCACGUCGUUGCAGGGGAUCAUAUUCUCCCUCCUGGGGGCGCAGCCUCUGCUGGUGGUGGGGUUCUCUGGACCCGUGCUGGUGUUUGAAGAGGCCUUCUACUCGUUCUGCACCGCCAACGAAAUGGAGUACCUCACAGGACGUGUGUGGAUCGGCUUCUGGUUGGUGUUCAUCGUGGUCGUCAUGGUGGCCUUUGAGGGCAGCUUCCUGGUCCGCUUUGUCUCACGCUUCACCCAGGAGAUAUUCUCCUUCCUCAUCUCACUCAUCUUCAUCUACGAGACCUUCUCCAAACUGGGCAAGAUCUUUCAAGAGAAUCCUCUCCAGCACUGUUACCUUGUCAAUGGCACAUGGACGUCACCUUUGUGCAACAACACUGUGGUCGACGUUCCCGGCAAGGUGGUGGGAGAACCCAACACGGCCCUCCUCACACUGGUCCUCAUGUCCGGAACAUUCUUCAUAGCUUUCUACCUUCGAAAGUUCAAGAACAGUGCCUUCUUCCCUGGUAAGCUCCGCAGGAUUAUUGGAGACUUUGGAGUUCCCAUCUCAAUCCUUAUCAUGGUGCUUGUUGACUACAGUGUAAAAGACACCUACACCCAGAAGCUUAGUGUUCCCACGGGCUUCUCAGUGACCAGUCCUGAGAAGAGGGGGUGGCUGAUCCCCCCACUGGGCUCCGACGGACAGUUUCCUGUCUGGAUGAUGGCUGCUAGUGUCCUGCCAGCCCUUCUGGUCUUCAUCCUCAUCUUCAUGGAGACGCAGAUCACCACGCUGAUAGUCAGUAAGAAGGAACGAAUGCUGUUGAAAGGCUCUGGCUUCCAUCUGGACCUGCUCAUCAUCGUGGCCGUGGGCGGGGUUUCCUCCCUGUUUGGUCUGCCCUGGUUGGCCGCCGCGACUGUGCGUUCUGUCACCCACACCAAUGCCCUUACCGUGAUGAGCAAGGCUGUGGCCCCCGGCGACAAGCCUCGUAUCCAGGAAGUGAAAGAGCAAAGGGUGACCGGCUUCCUCGUGGCUCUGCUCGUCGGCUUGUCCAUCGUGAUCGGAGACCUCCUGCGUCAGAUCCCCAUCGCUGUCCUCUUCGGCAUCUUCCUCUACAUGGGCGUCAUGUCGCUGAAUGGCAUCCAGCUCACCGAGCGCAUGCUGCUGCUGUUGAUGCCCCCGAAGUACCACCCCGACCACACCUACGUCCGCAAGGUGAGGACUCUGCGUAUGCACCUGUUCACGUUGAUCCAGCUGGUGUGUCUGGCGCUGCUCUGGGCAGUCAUGUCCACCGCGGCCUCGCUGGCCUUCCCUUUCUUCCUCAUUCUAACUGUGCCCAUCAAAUUCUUCCUGCUGCCCCGCAUCUUUACCGCGCGCGAGAUGCAGUGUUUGGAUGCGGAUGACACGGAACCUUCAUUCGAUGAUAAGGAGGGACAGGAUGAGUACACAGAGAUGCACAUGCCGGUAUGAGGAUUGCUCAAGCCAUCGUGAUUGACAUCUUGCUGACCAAUAGUACAAUGUACAACAGGAAGUUGGCUCCUCCUAUCUUAUGAAAUCUUUUUUUGUUCACUUUAUGUUUUAUAACGGACCACUGGUGGUUGGUAAAUAUGUUAUUGGAUUUUUAUUGGAAUUGUUUUGGUCCCUAAUGCUAAUCAUGUUAUGUCUGUUUCACUAUUUAGCUUUUUGGAAGGGGAAUUUAUCUAAAUUAUUUGAGUAGUUGUUACAAUGUUGAAUCUUGUUAUUGUUUCUUUGGGGUAUUUUGGGGUUUGUAUUAAUGUCAGGUGGGACAUGGGCUAGCUUUGUGUCAAAGUAGGGGAUUGGGUAAAUGUAAGGGUUAACCUCUUCCAGCUAGAGUGAAUCACAUUCACUGAGGUCGUGACCUGAGAAGAAAGCACUUUAAUAUGAGGUUCAAAACUAAUUAAGUAUAUCUCUCAUGAUAGUGGUAAAAUGCAUACAUUAUGAACAUAGACAUCACGGUUAGGUUUAAUACUAAUUGAAGGCAAUCAUUUGAAAAGUACAAUUCUCGAUUUGUAAUAUGACUUUUAUUUUUGGCAUUGACUGUUUUUAAUUCAAAAUGACCAACAAUUAACCAUUCAGUCUUGUGUUCACAGUUGGAUGUAUCAUUGCAUGAGUCUUUACGAUGUUACGUGUUUGUGACUGAGUGGAGUUAUAAUUCAGUACAGAGAGUGGAUGAAACAUGCACUAAACUGUUACUCAUUCCAUAUGACUUUAACAUUACCCACCAAAUUAAUUGAAUUAUUUGUGUGUCUGAUUACUGAGAAACGGUCCAUGUCACUCACACUGAUAAAUGUAGUAAGUAAAGUAAAAGCAAUCGACCAAUCAAUAAUCACUGUGCGUUCGUGAGCUCAGUCCGACAGGUUAGGUGACUAGCGCACGGCCGAGACAAAAUUACAAUAGGCUACCUUACAUACAGAACAGUACGUUUUGUUACUAGGCGUGCAGUAGUUUGUUUGCGGUCGUCUGGUGCAGUGUAUACAUCUCCUCAGUAGAAUAUAUCCGAGGCCAGUAGACUGAAAUAUUGAGUUAUAAUAACCAUGAUCCCUUGCGACACAACAGGAGAAGCAGCUCUUUCGGUUCUCACGUUGCUCAUAUCUUCCAUAGGGAAUGUUUUGAUUCACUUCAAAUAGGUCUAAGGUCCGUGUUCUGUGUAGGCUUACACCGCACCUUGCCAUUUUAAUGAUUGUGUAAAUAUCUAUAGAUCUGUGGUUCCCAACCUUUUUCGAUUCCUGUACCACUGACAGAGUUUUGCUCUGCUUGGAGUACCCCCUUGUGUUAAUUUCACUAGUAAGCCUAUGGUGUCGUGAGUGUUGACAAGUGUUGAGAAAACAAGUACCCCCAGGGGGCCUAGUACCCCUGGUUGGGAACCACUGGUCUAGGACACGUUGAAGUUUAGCAAUAUUUGCUAAAUAUGAGCAAAUGUUUUUUUUUUUGCGCCAACUGAAGCAGAUAUGUAGACAAACGCCUUAUCCUGACGAAAUUUACACAGUUGCCAAAACGCUUUGCCUGAGUAAUGGUAAAGAAACACAUUCCUUAUGGAAUAAAAGAAUGGUGAGCAGUAGGCCUAUCACAUUUUGCCUCUAGGCUUUAUGGAGACUACUGUAUGACGCGUCGACUAUUUCAGUCUAUUCAAGACUAGCCGACUGGAGACUUCAUAACGUUUAGUCUAUCUGAUUAAAAGUGUCUUAUAUUUCACUCCUGCGAUGGUUUUAUCAGAUUUGCUGGCUGUGCGAGUUGUUCAUGAUGACAUGCGGUCAGUGGCAACUGACAGGGCCCUAAAACAUGGUUCCGGUAGGGUUGGGCUAUAUUUACAGGGGUUGUUGGUUGCACAGCUGAAUCGAACCACCCUGCUCUACCCGCGUGGACACGUCAUCCCCUGAGAAGUCCUGGUUCAAAUUGAUUCCUUAUUUGCUGUCGGAAAAAAACCAAGCACAGCACUACCCCCUAGUGUAUAUUCGGAAUGAUGCACAAGGGAAUCCUUAGCUAAUUAACCUGGCAGUCAGUGCCUCAGAAAGUAAACGUGUCCACCUGUUUUUUAUCCUAGUUUAUUAGGAAGCACACCUACAUUUAGGUCAAGUCAUUUGCUGCUCCGUUAUCACCGGCGUGCUUUUCCAAACAUGUGAAAGUUUGGCCUCAUUACCUGAACACACUGUAGACCACGUCGUAUGUGCACGCUUCACGGUUAGAGAGUGAGAGGAAAGAUGCUGCAGUAGUAUGGGCACCAGAUAGUUGUUUUGACCACCUCAACACAAGUCGCUUGAUUUCCGCUAUUGUGCAAUGUAAAAUCUAAAUGUCUGAACAUAUUUCUCCUCACGUCACAUGCCUGUAAUAAAUGUGCAGUGUUUUCUA